CGCCGGUCUGAUGAGAACAUGCUUCUGAACUUUUAUUUUUCAAAAAUAGAGUUUGCAGGACAAGGAAUCCAGAAACUUUGAUCUUUGGUGACCCACCUAGUUGCACUUGGUGGGUCACCUGUCUCCAAGCAAUAUGCAAUAUGCAUGGAUCCAUUACACUGAUUAGUGAUUAUCCAUUAUGAUCGAGCACCCAUUCUUCCCAUGGCCUCUGGUACUCCAUGAUCUAAGGGGUAUCAAAAUGGCUGAAGGUCCUGCCCCAGAGCCAGUGCUUACUGGCAAAAACAUCAGCUUUCUGGAGCUCACUUCAGAAAGAGCAACUGAGAUUCAGCGACUUACAGAUGCUAUUGAUAACCCGAACCGAACCAAGAUGGUGUACCAGCGUCUGCCGAGGCACAUGCAGCGACGCGCCAUGAGCCACGACCCCAAACGUCUGCCGGUCAGGGCGCGCCAGGCCUUCACCGAACAGCGCGACUUGACGCAGAUGAAGGUCUCAAAGCGGCCCAGUCGGCGGCACCGGCGGCGCCCCAGCAACCUUCUGCUCGAGUACAACCGGCGGCAGCGCGAGCACCUCUGGCUGGAGACGCACAUCUGGCACGCGCGCCGGUUCCACAUGGUACACCGCUGGGGCUUCAAGCUGCCGGAGAGCGCUACUGAUAAGGGAUUCCGGGCGGCGUACCGCGCCACGGCGCACCACUGCCUGGUACAGGACGUGUCCUACCUGUGUCAACUGGAGCUGUCCGGCCCUCAGUCGGCCCUGCUGUCAGCUCUAACCUCUCUAUCGGCCGGAGGUGCCGGCUCGGCGCGCCUCCUCUCCGGCCGUCACCAGGGCCGGCUACUACUGCGCUCAUCCGACCCUCCCCACCGACCGCUGGCGCCCGUCUCCAUACUGUGGGGACCGGCGGACGGUGCGCCGCGCCGGGCCCUCUGGCUGUGGGUCCACCCGGCGGGCUAUGACGCGGUGAGAGACGCGCUGGUGGCGGCUAUUGGAGCCUCAGGAGAGCCGGAGGAGGUGGAAGUGGAACAGAUGGGACCGGGAGAGGAUGGUGGACAUGAGGGAGGCGAUGCUGCAGCGGCAGAGGAAGGCGAUAAAGGAGACGGUGCUGGAGACAAAGGCGGCAAAGACGAAGUUGAAGGUGAAGAACCCAUGGAGUGCGAUGAUGCUACGCCAGCCGGUGAUGUAAAAACCCCGGCAGCCAAACCCACCUCAAGUGCAGCAGCGGCAGAUACGGCCUACAAGAAGAAAAACGUCGACCAGAUCAAGCUUGCUCCUCGACGCUUGCAUAUCCUUCGUCGAUGGACUGCGAAGCCGAAGACCACCACCGGCAGAGCCGACAUUCCUGCGGGCACAACUGACACCGACACUGCUGCAGACAAUAAAGACACCACCACCACCACUAGUACCCCUGUACAUCUGACCGAGCUGAAGGGCCGCAUGGUUCGGUUCCGUCUCAGCGGGCCCGGCUCUCAGGCGGUCCUCCAGUCCUGUCUUCGUGUGGCCGCCGACCCACCGCCGGCCUGGGACACUGCCGAGCGGCUGGAGGCCCAGCGGCGGCUCUGGAAGGCUGUUGGAGAGGCCACCUCUCCGGGAGAGCUGCCCCCGGGGUGUGUGAUGGGGCUGACGGUGGAUGAUCCCAGGAGGCACCUUCCGCAGCAGCGCACCAAGGCCAUUCAGCGGCCCGAAGAGCUGUCGGACGAGCCCGUGGCGGAGCUGCCGGCGGGCUCCGAGCUCUCUCCUCUCUGGGACGAGUCGGUCCGACACCAGGUCACCACCACCAAACUCUCCGACAACCUUCUGAACCGAGCGCGCGGCCACCUGCUGGUACCGGGCGCCACAGCCGAGUCACUACGCCUACCGCCCGUGCCGGUCAUUCUCCUGCAGAAUCACCGCUGCCCCGGCUGGGACCUUCUGCUGCCGCCAGGCUGGGGUAUGGCCUUCUGGGUAGCCCUGCAGUACUCAGGUGCUCGAGCCGGCGGGCUCCGGGAGACAGAGCGGAUGGCGCUAGAGACUGGUGAGCUGCGCUUCCCGGCAGAGUACCCCGACUCGGCUGCAGGGAGAGAGUGGGAGAGAGAGGACAGACAGAGGAGGAGAGAGGAGUACUUCAAGAGACCGCCGGCCAAGAGGCCCAACUUUGUGAAGCUGGGUGUGCCGGAUCCGUUCAGUUGCUGGUGGAGUCGCCUGGUGACGCGGCUGUGCCCGGUUGAGGGUGGGACAGCGGCCGCGGACUCUGACACUCCUAUGGUCUGUCGGGACCCGGCCACGCUGCGGCUGCUCUCCGCCGCUCUGACGGCUGGCUCCGGCCGUCCGGCUGCCCUCCCGGCCGGCAGCGGUCGUCUCCUAGUCGCCGUCCGGGCCCGAGCCACCGGCCGCGGCGUGCCCCGUUCCGGCGCUCUGCUCUGCCUCCCCUCACCUGAAGACAACCCGUCAGCGGGCGCGGCGGCCGGCGCUGUGAGGCCGCUUACCGAACCGCCGGCGGAGGACCCCGCGGAGGAACGCCGCGAUAAACUGCGGACCGCCUGGCUGAAGAAGCAGGUUACAGAGAAGAGGAAACGCCACCGGUGCCGACGGCGCCAGCAGGCGGACCAGGCGCGCCAGGCGGCGGCGCGCCUGGCGGAGCAGCGGCAGGGACAGAGGACAGAGAUGGAGCGGCUCAGCCUGCCGCCGGCAGACCUGCAGCCGCACAAACAGCUGAUCGGUCACGUGACCUCUGGCGACUUCUGUCUGUCGGAGGCGGUCGGCCGGGGCACGGGGUUCGUCGUGUUGGAGGGUCUGCUGCGACUCCUUGACAUCGGCGGCGGGCCGCGGCUGCUCUUCAGAAACAUCGACACAGACACGUACCGCUGGUGUACUCUGACGCUGAUCACAGAGCCGUGCUGACGAGGGCGACGUCAGUGAUGAGUCAGUGAUGUGGGUGAUGUUGCUAUUGAGUGGUGACGGCAUCAGUCAGAAGUGCUGGGACUUGUGGUGGCGCAGAUAUGGAUGUUUCGCUCAGAUUCCGAGGCAUAAAAUUUUCGACAAAUGUAUUUGAUUGAAAUAAAAAGAAACAUACCUUUUUGA